AUGCCAGCGCUGUUAACGACGCACGGAGUGCAGCAGCUCUAUCAAGAUGAGACGGUGGAAGCUGUGAUCCGAUUGCAAGUGCUAGGAGUCUAUCGCUAUUUAGCGGACCCCGCACUGAAGAAGCGACUUGGUCAGCACUUCGCCGACGCGCAUGAUGUGUUUGACGUGCUACUGAGCGAUGGGCACCACAAGAUGAAGACGGUGCUGGCUCCAAAGUGCCACAAACUUGUGUGGACACGUGAACUGACAGCUCGUAGCCUCAUUCGACUUAAUUUUAUAUCGACGACUGACUUACGAGAAGUAGAGCUGCUCCCGUUAGUCGGAGAGAGGCUCUAUUACAUGCCUCUGCGCUCGGACCACUACACGUUAGACUGGGCAUGCAGCUUCACGGGUGGAAUCCCUGACGAGGACUCCCCGCUGGACGAGCUGGAAAGAAACUGGUCGAGUCGCUAUGGAGCUGUGGCAUCUACGACCAGCUCAGUGGCGUGGAAUAUGGUCCCGGACUAUUGCGCGAACCUGUUCACGCCCGAGUGGAACAAACUCCACACGAUCCUGGAGGUUCUGGACAAGAUUAAGAAACACAGCACAUCAAACCCGCCAAUGAUAGGAGCUGUUCGAGUCAAGUCGAAGGUGCUGCACCUCGGAGACCCAAGCAUCUCCAACCCAUUCCCGUUCGCAUUCAACGCAGUUGUUGGUAAUGGAUGCUACGGGUGUUUUUGA